UCAAUGUUCAUGUUUCCCCAAGCCGAAAUACCAACUACAUAAUAAUAAUAAUACCUAGUAAUAACCUAUUAUGUACCAACCAGCCUACCAAACCAACGGUUGCCAGCCAAGCUAUUAGGUAACCUCCGGCCUGGUAGAUUUCAACUCAUUAGGUACAUUUUUUUACAUGCAGAAUUUAUUUUCUUCGCCGACAGUGCAUAUACUAGAUAUAUUUGCUCUUACUAGGCCGUACUAACGGGCAAUACAGUCGCGAACUUAAGUUGCUACAGACUGUGGUUCCUUAUUUUACUUUGUUCUACAUCACCGUUUCCCUGAUUUGCCUCUCUGUGGGAAACACCUGCAUCCUCCUUUCACCUACCUAUACGUCACAAAGCGAAUGCGCAUUCGCACUGGCUAGCCCUAUCAGCAUCUCUACAUGCUACCAAGACAAGAGCGCAAGGCCAAGCAUGUCGACAACGACAUCGUCUUUGGAAGAUCCAACUUCACCUAACAUCCUCUCCGAAAUCGCCAGAGAGGUUUGGCCAACUUUACACCUCGUUGCCUUAAGUUGAAUAAAGUCGGCCCAGGCCUUGGAGAAGGCACUUGCGACAAUAUGAGCAGUAACUACGACAAACUGAAGAGUCUUACUGGAUUCAUGCCCAUCAACAAGCUCAAUGGCAGCAACCAAACUCCCUCACGCCUUACACGAAUCAUGACUGCACGCCCAAACUCGAGCCCACCGCCUUCGAAACGCCAAAAGGUCCAGGAGCCGAGUACACACACGACUGCUCAAUUUGCCCUCGCCUCACCAACUAAUCCUUCUGCUCAUCACCCGAUACCUCGUAAACGCUCUUUCGAUAGCAUUAGCGAUUCCCAACAAACCCAUAUGUCACGAUCGUCUCAGGCCAAAAGACAUCAAUCCUCCCAACCAUGUCUCGCAGAAUAUCGUAAAUCGCAGGGCUCCGUGAAACUACCUAAUAAGAGACCACGGCAUGACUCACGCGCAAGGCAAUCCAAAGGGGAGAAUCAAAAUUGGAUUACUCUCCCUGAUCCUGAUAAUGAUGAUAGUGAUGGCGAGGUGGAGGUAGUCCAAGGACCAGGCACAGAGAGAGUUGUCGCGAGACAGCAGAAGAAAGAGGUCCAGCAGCCUAUUACGGAUUUGGCGGGGCGCUUUAAACAGGGCAAAAUGAUGGCUCUAGGACAUAACCAGCAAACCCUCGCCGCCUUAGAGGUAGACAGCAUCAUUGACAAGCAGGGAUCGAAGGAAGGCCAGCCGCGGGGUGUAUUAUCCAGCCCAGAUGAACUGUCGUCGGAGGCAUACAGUAAGACCAAGGUGCCCAACAAGAAGGUCCAUCCCCCUUCUCCAAGCAUAUCCAACAGAGGCAAUAUCCAGCGAACUAAGUUCUCAAACUCGCUUCAUGACACUUCAACAUUGAAAGAGGUGGACCACGCCACAAACGUUAUUGGGCCAAGGCUUUGUAUACGACGAGCUGUGUCGGGCGAUUUCAAGUACGAGACAGGGGGUGUGGAACAAUGCUCCCUAAAGUUGGGAAGAGUGAGCCACAUACUCCAUCCAACGGAUUCAAAGGGCACUUCUAUGAAACAAUAUUCAUAUAUUACGAUCAACUUGAUGAAGGUUCAGGACAUUAGGGUUUCCAUGAAGCCCAAUUGCUGCAUAGUCUCAAUUAGUCGUUCUACAGAUGGUACGAUCAGUGCUAGCCCAAAGCUACUCAUCGAGUUUUUAUCCCCUGAGGAUCUUGAGCACUUCAAGCAAUGGGUAGUAAUGCAUAAAGAAGGCGUCCGAGAAACGCCACUAUCUAUUGACAAACAGGAUAGGCUUGAAAAGGAGCUCGAGAAUAUGAUGGCUAAAGCUACUAAGAGCAGAGUCGUUAGAGAUGAUGACUUGCUUGGAGACGAUAUGAAGCUCAUAGAGCACAAUGCGGCAACUCGUACGAAACAAGGAGAAUCCGCUAACCGACCACAUGUUCCGUCUCGUCAAGGAAAGACAAAGGAUAUGAUGAAUCGGUAUGGCUCUACGUCUCAGCGAAACCCAGCAAUAAAAGUGCAAUCCGGUGAUCGCCAGCAACAUGAUGAAGCUCAACGACAACUUCGAGCGACUCGUUCCAAGUUGGCGCCCCAGGAAAACCCACCUUUGGAAAAGGAACCUCCUACACCCGGAUGGACGACCCAAAAUAAAGGCUGGGAGACGAAAUGGCGCAAUUCCCUCAUUUUCCCCUCCCAGGGCAAGAGUCGAGCUACUGUUGACAAGGAAGAUAUUGUUCGGCUAAACGAGGGCGAAUAUCUGAAUGACAACCUGAUCAUCUUCUAUCUACGCUACCUUCAACAUUCGUUAGAGGCAAACAGGCCAGAUCUUGCUCAGAGGAUUUAUUUUCAAAAUACUUUCUUCUAUGAGAAACUGAAGUCUGGACGAACGCAUCACGGCAUCAACUACAAUAGUGUGAAGGCAUGGACCUCCAAAGUAGAUCUCUUCUCCAAGGAUUACAUCAUUGUCCCGAUCAACGAGUACUCUCACUGGUAUGUUGCAAUCAUAUAUAACGCACCAAAACUUGUCCCAUGCCCGGACAAGAUCGAGAAAGCCGAGGCCAAGCCCAGAGAAUCAGUCACCAUCGAGGAGGACGGCAACGGAGGAGAGUCUAGUACCUCUUCAGACGAUCAGAAAUUGGACGACUCCGCAAGUUCAGAGACCGUGGUCCCUACAAUACAAAUCGAUAUGGUAAACCAGUUAAGCCCAGCAACCAAUCCAGGAGAGCAGAAGACUGAUUUGCGCAUGAGGAGCCACGACCAAGACACGGAGGCAAACCUUGUCAAGAGUGAUCUCAAAGAGGACGAACCAGAGGCUCUACCGGCCAAUGACAAUAUGCUCCCGAAAAAAAUAGGAAAGAGACUUAGUUCGGGCCCUCGAAAGCUGAGCCCAGACCAAACCAAGAUCAUCACGCUCGACUCACUAGGGAUUUCUCAUUCUCCGGCCUGCAGUUGUCUUAAGCAGUACUUGAUUGCAGAGCUGAAGGACAAGAAGGGUAUUGAGAUCCCGACCCCUGGAGCUUUGGGUAUGACGGCCAAGGGUAUACCGCAGCAAACGAACUACUGCGACUGUGGUCUCUAUUUGCUAGGAUACAUUCAGGAGUUUCUUAAAGAUCCCGACAAGUUUGUUCGUAGUCUCCUUCGGCAUGAUGAUGAGAUUGCUUGGAAUCUGGAGCCAUCGGGACUCCGAAACAGCAUUAGGGACUUGAUUUUUACGCUCCAAAAAGAACAGCAAGAUCGAGAAAAUGCGCACAAAGAAGAGAAAAGAGAAGAGAAACGCAAAUUGCGAAUGUCGAAGAAGAGGAAAGCAUCGGUGACGGAUGAGCAACCAUCUCAGCAGGAGGCGUCAUUGGCUAAAGAGAAGGACAUCAAUCGAAUGACCCUCAAGCUCCCGUUGGUGGCAAAAAAUGAUAUAACUGAACAAAAUCUCGCCGAUCAUGCGGCGCUAACCAAGGAGAAGGUCGUUAAGCAGCAUGUCUCCAACCCCCCGGAGGGAGAGGCCGGAGAGGCCGCGCGCAAGCUUUUCAACUCAGGAGUUAGGCCCUCCUCUUCCAACUCGGAAGCGGCAUGCCCUAUUCCUGGUUCUUUCCCUCAGUCCCCGGCUGUCGAGAAGUCGACGGGAACGGGUUCGAUGAUGGCCAGUGUGGAUGGCGCCAAGAGAAGCGAAGCUGUGAGGUUUGUUUCGCCGCUCUACGAUUCUAGUCGUGGGUCUUCACCUUCAAGGCCUAUGGUGGUCGACGAUUCAGAGGCCUCUCAGGGAUUGACGCAGGAGUGCACUUUUGGUCGUGGCGAUCCUAAGCCUAUGGUAUCAUCUGUAGAGAUACCUGAAGACAUUGCGCAACCUCACAAGCAGGAUAAGCAGGAUACUCAAUCCUGCCACCAAGAGAAGACGCAGACAACAAGUCAUUAUUUUGCAGGACGACAACCUGGCGACCGAAUGGCCUCGGCCAAACUACGUGAUGAGCCUACCCCGACUGAUAUUGUCGACAUCUCAGAUUGAGCAUCAGAGGUUUUUGGUAACUGUAUGAUCUGAGAGAAAGAAAACGGAGUGAUUGCUUGGAGUUUACCCAGGGGCGUGAAGGGUGGGAAGGAGGGAGGUGUCAACAACGGGAGAGGUUUUGUACAUAUGCAUGAAAACUGGCGUACAUGGUUGAGUUUGGCGGUGCAUUUCCCAUCGCCCUUAUACCCUAUUGAGGCGAUGGACGGGCAAAGGAGUCUGUUUGCUUUGCUUCCUAGAAUCGGAUACUAGGUAGCCAAGGGCAUUACAUAGGUUCUGUUUAAGUAGGUGCCUACCUAAGUAUGUAGGACGGCUAAUACCAAAAACAUAAUGUGGUUUCA